AGAGGAGUGAAACUGGAACCAUCAGGGAACAUGAGUGAAUUCUGGCACAAACUAGGUUGCUGCGUGGUAGAGAAACCCCAGCCGAAGAAGAAGAGGAGACGAAUUGACCGGACCAUGAUUGGGGAACCAAUGAAUUUUGUCCACCUGACUCACAUUGGCUCUGGGGAGAUGGGGGCCGGAGAUGGACUUACCAUGACAGGUGCUGUCCAGGAGCAGAUGAGAUCCAAGGGAAACCGAGACAGGCCAUGGAGCAAUUCUAGGGGCUUGUAGCUCCGACAGGAAUGGUUCUGCUGUCGAAGCCUCCACUCCAUGUCCAGCCCAGAAGAGAUGUUCUCCCUCCUAGAACCAGUGACCCCAGGGUCCCUCUUUUCCCUAUCUGCCUAUUAGUGCCUCAGAAGGCUUGGGGGCUGGACUCCCUCUAUUCCCUCUGGCUAUAGCCCCUCCUGGAGAUGGGGUCAAGGCAGCAGGACUGACCAAGUGACUACUGGUUGGCCAGAGGAGCUCAGCUGAAGCCCCGGACACUCUCAGAUCUGAGAUAGGAGUUUUCUGGGAACCCAGGAUAAGUUCCCUUCUCCUGAAUGACGGUCUAGGUGCCAUCUGUUUUAAACUCUUAACCUGGAACUCCUUAAAUGGGGUAGGUGAGUGAGAUUCCCAAAGCUGAAGCCGGCUUUGCUGAGAAGCUCCUUACCUGCCCUUCUUCUUCCUCCUGGAGUGAACUGAAGCAGACGUCAAGCAGGGAGAGGAGGGGAGGGUGACCACUGCCGAGUCUACUCUUUCUCUUUAGAUCUCAGACUUUAAGCUCACAGCCCCUCAGUAUCUCUCUGCAACUACCAGGGUCUUUCUCUAAUUAGGCCUCUAACCCUGUUUCUGUAGCAUUGUGAGUCCCCCAACAUCUUUCUUUAAUUAAAAUUUUAAGAUGA